CCGCGAGAUUUGGCUCCUCCUGUCCUGGGCGGGCUCGGCCGGAAGUGUCUCCUGUCGGUUUUGGUGAUCGCGGCGUCCUCCGGUCGGACAGUGAGAGACGCAGCAGCCGCCGCAGCGGGACAGGUCGGGGAUCCCAGCCUCCCUCUCCGGCAUCAUGAGCUUCCUCUUCAGUAGUCGAUCGUCAAAAACUUUCAAACCCAAGAAGAACAUCCCAGAGGGGUCUCAUCAGUAUGAGCUCUUGAAACAUGCAGAGGCCACUCUUGGCAGUGGGAACCUCAGGCAGGCUGUGAUGUUGCCGGAGGGAGAAGACCUCAAUGAAUGGAUUGCUGUGAACACUGUGGAUUUCUUUAACCAAAUCAACAUGUUGUAUGGAACAAUCACUGAAUUCUGCACAGAAACCAGCUGCUCUGUCAUGUCAGCUGGGCCCAGGUAUGAGUACCACUGGGCAGACGGCACCAACAUAAAAAAGCCCAUCAAAUGUUCUGCCCCCAAAUACAUUGAUUAUUUGAUGACCUGGGUCCAGGACCAGCUAGAUGACGAGACCCUCUUCCCCUCAAAGAUUGGUGUACCCUUCCCAAAGAACUUCAUGUCUGUGGCAAAGACCAUCUUGAAGCGCCUGUUCCGUGUAUAUGCUCACAUAUACCACCAGCACUUUGACUCUGUUAUGCAGCUACAGGAAGAAGCACAUCUCAACACGUCUUUUAAACAUUUCAUUUUCUUUGUACAGGAAUUUAAUCUGAUUGACCGCCGAGAGCUGGCUCCCCUUCAAGAACUGAUCGAAAAGCUGGGAUCCAAAGACAGAUAGAUGGCAGUACAGGACUCCACACAGCACACACCAGCUACAGCUCAUACCUCUGCCUACCAUGUGGUUUCUCCAACGGGAAGCCCACUUACCACUGAAAUGGGGAGGCCACCGCCGCCACUGGGACAUCUUCCCUUUUACAUAGAGAUUGCCUUGCGUUAUUUUUGUAUGAACUACUUCUUUUUAUAGAGAUGCUUUAAAGGAACACUCCACUGAAUGUGCAUUAAGACACUUUGGUCUUAUUCAUGGCUCCUGACUUUCUGGUGGGAGGGGGAUUUCUUAUGUUCCACUUUUAAAAGUUUGUUUGCGGCAGUCAAGAAAUGGACGUGGCCUUUGUAUACCACUUGCUUUUACUUCUUGCAGUUUUAUUCCACUUCUACUGUUGCUCUGCUAUUUACAGCUCUUGAAGUUGUACCUUGAAGUCUCUAUCCAUGUUUUUUUUUUUUUUAAGUUACUUAGCCAUGUUUUGGUUUUUUUAUAGACCCUGUUUUGUUUUACUCAUUUAAGAAUGAAAUAUGUGAAAAUGCCGUUUUUAAAACGAAUCUGUGUUUAAAUUUAUUUUCUUACAAAUAUGUCCGAUUCGCCCCUCUCCCAUUAGCCACGCGUGUACUGUUCUGUGCUAUCUGCUGUUCUCCAGUUUUCUGAUACACAAGAAUGACCUCUGUGUUCAUUAUCUACCAAUGGGAAGGAUCUGUAUAGAAAUGGACGCUUGCCUAUAGUGUCUGUCCCAAUUAAUUGGCCUUUUAGAACCACAUCUGAAGUGUACAUAAAGUGUAAUAUUUUCAGUCCUAUCUUUCAGCAAGACAAACUACCCCUGUCAAAGUAAUUUUUUUUUUUUUUUUUUGGAGAAAUUUGUAAUUAUCAGGAUAUUGAAGUGAUCUGCAAAAACAUUUGUUUGCUUGUGUACUGUUUUUAAGUUAGAGAUAAACAUGAGAAAUUCGGAGAGCCUGGGCCGCAUGCUGCAGUGCAACCAGUGGGAAAUGCAGAGAGCCUGGGCUGUGCUGUGCAGUGCAGUGCAGUGCAGUGCAACACAACCAGUGGGAAAUGCAGAGAGCUUGGGCUGCGCUGUGCAGUGCAGCCAGUGGGAAAUGCAGAGAGCCUGGGCUGUGCAGUGCAGCUAGUGGGAAAUGCAGAGAGCCUGGGCUGCGCUGUGCAGUGCAGCUAGUGGGAAAUGCAGAGAGCCUGGGCUGCGCUGUGCAGUGCAGCCAGUGGGAAAUGCAGAGAGCCUGGGCUGCGCUGUGCAGUGCAGCCAGUGGGAAAUGCAGAGAGCCUGGGCUGCGCUGUGCAGUGCAGCCAGUGGGAAAUGCAGAGAGCCUGGGCUGCGCUGUGCAGUGCAGCCAGUGGGAAAUGCAGAGAGCCUGGGCUGCGCUGUGCAGUGCAGCCAGUGGGAAAUGCAGAGAGCCUGGGCUGCGCUGUGCAGUGCAGCCAGUGGGAAAUGCAGAGAGCCUGGGCUGCGCUGUGCAGUGCAGCCAGUGGGAAAUGCAGAGAGCCUGGGCUGCGCUGUGCAGUGCAGCCAGUGGGAAAUGCAGAGAGCCUGGGCUGCGCUGUGCAGUGCAGCCAGUGGGAAAUGCAGAGAGCCUGGGCUGCGCUGUGCAGUGCAGCCAGUGGGAAAUGCAGAGAGCCUGGGCUGCGCUGUGCAGUGCAGCCAGUGGGAAAUGCAGAGAGCCUGGGCUGCGGUGCAACGAAUGGAGAGCCAUGUGUUUGGUAAAAUGGAUGUAUCAUCAGGUAGAAGUUUGGGGUCUCCACAAGACAAAGUGCAAUUUAGGCUUCAUCUCUGAAAUUCUAUAUCUAGCUUAUGGAUCUUGUGUUUCUUUUUCACAUGUUGCCUAGAAAUGUAUUUUAAAUUCUUUUACUUUUUUAUAUAUAUUUUUUUUUGUGUGGUGCUUUGGGAGCUGGAGCCUUUAUCUGACUGUAGCUGCACUAUUUUGCAUUAGAGCCUUAAUGCAAUGAUGAAUCCUAGAUUUAAUAGUUAAAUAGUUUUGAGGACUUUGUUUUGGCCUAUUCCAUGCAGCAGUACUACUUAAGGAACAGAUAAACUGAACACUUACCACUGAUGUGGCGAUUAGGGGAUGCUCAUAAUGCUAUAUAUAGAUGUAUAUGCACAGUUAUAUACCACCAAUCACUAGGUCUCAUCUUCUAGCCCUUUCUCCAAUGCUGCUCGUCAGUCUGUUCAUUGUCAUGUGAGUUAUUUAGAACAUUGUACAUUUCGUCCUCAGUGCUUAGCCAACUUUACAUGGGGGGUGACUUGUGUUACAGAUGUCUGUGUAUAGUAUAUACAGUACAAUAAGAUGUAUGGAGAAGUCAGCUGUUCCCUCUUGACAAAACACCUACAAUUACUGGGCUGUGCUUUUCACUGCUAUUGUAUUGUUUCUCAGUAACCCUUAUCAGAAGUUCUUAUAUAGGGGGUGGAGCAUUUUGUCACUACACGCAGUGACCUUGGGUCUUAAAAUUGGUGGUUGUUCAGGAUAAAUAUAUGGAAAGAGGGCAGCUUACAUUGACAUUUCAAAUAUGUGAUGCCACAGCAAUGAUGAUGGUAAAUCUGGUUACAUUCUCUGCAGAAAGCCAACAUGUGCCAGUUCCAUGUUCUGAGUUAUCUGUUUCACAGCCACACUAUAUGACUAUAGACUGUAAGGACAGGCUCAGCCACUGUGCCAAGAGGUGACAAUUACCACAUCUGCACUAUGAAGACUGUAUUGAUAAGUGCUUUAGAGGUCCACAAACCCAAAGUGAGAUACAUUUAGGGAUACAUUUCUUAACUUUCACAAAUGUGUAAAUCUUUGUGGAACUGACUGAAAUUAUAUAUUUGUGCUUCAUCAUGAAGGGAUUAUUAUUGCACAUGCUGUUGCUGAGACUUCUACUUAAAAUGUCUCCCUCACAGAACUGAAAAGUUGUGUUAUUUAAAAGCUAUUAGGAUAUGAAAAUAAAACCUUGCUGUAGAGGAAGGUAUUUUCCAUUAUAAUCACAACUUUUCAUCUCAAAUCACCAGUUCUGAUACAAUUCUUUAGUGCUCACCUCUCCCUACCAAUCAGCAUUUUAUUAUAGAUUCAGUGUCCCUCUUACGAAAGUGUUUCUACCUGUUGUUCACCUGCCAAGGACUGGUAAGAUCCUGAGCAAAUGUGUAAAGGGGGUAUGCUCUUUACCAGAUGAGUAAUCCUUUAGAAGUAAAAGUGCAUUUAGGGGCUGACCUAGUUUGAUGCAAACUUUGGCCAGGUGCUACAAUUGCAAUCCUUACCAUGCUGCACACAUUCAGGUCAGCUGUAUUUAUUUCUAAACACAUUGGGCUGGUCUGUGUUAUCCUGCCCAAGACAGAUUCAUUUUCCCAUUCACCCAACCAACCGUGAAGCACAAAACUUUGCACCUAGUUGCUAAAUUUGCACUAAAUUCUAAAUCAGCCCCUUUGGUCACCUGUUUUUUUUUUUAAAUAGCUACAGAGGUCUUUAUAUAAUUUUGUUUCAUGUUUACUUUCAGAUUUUUUCUCUAUAUUUUGUGCAUUGUAAUAAAUCAGUUUUUCACUA